AUGAAAGCUCCUAUUCCCAACUUGAUUCUCUUGUAUGCUACUCUGACUCAGAGCUUGAAGGUUGUAACCAAAAGGGGAUCAGCUGAUGGAUGCACUGACUGGUCUGUGGAUUACAAGAAAUAUCAAGUUCUAGUGGGAGAACCUGUUCGUAUAAAAUGUGCACUCUUUUAUGGAUAUAUUAGAGCUAAUUACUCCCUAGCCCAAAGUGCUGGACUUAGUUUGAUGUGGUACAAAAGCUCUGGACCUGGAGAUUUUGAGGAGCCUAUAGCUUUUGAUGGAACCAGAAUGAGCAAAGAAGAAGACUCCAUUUGGUUCAGACCAACAGUGGUACAAGACAGCGGGCUCUAUGCAUGUGUUAUAAGAAACUCAACCUACUGCAUGAAAGUGUCCAUUUCGUUGACGGUGGGUGAAAAUGACACUGGACUCUGCUACAAUUCAAAGAUGAAAUAUUUUGAAAAAGCUGAACUUAGCAAAAGCAAGGAAAUCUCAUGUCCUGAAAUUGAGGAUUUUUUAUUUCCAUUUAGGGAGCCUGAAAUUCUGUGGUAUAAGGAAUGCAAGACAAAGACAUGGAGAUCAAGUAUUGUGUUUAAAAAGGACACUCUUGUCAUUCGGGAAGUUAGAGAGGAUGACAUUGGAAAUUACACUUGUGAGCUAAAAUAUGGAUUCUUUGUUGUCAGAAGAACUACAGAGUUGACAGUUACAGCACCACUAACAGAUAAACCACCAAAGCUUUUACACCCCUUGGAGAGUAAGCUAACAAUUCAGGAGACCCAGUUAGGUAAUUCUGCUAAUCUAACCUGCAGAGCUUUCUUUGGAUACAGUGGAGACGUCAGUCCUUUAAUCUACUGGAUGAAAGGGGAGAAGUUUAUUGAAGAUUUGGAUGGUAGUCGAGUCUGGGAAAGUGACAUUAGGGUUCUCAAGGAACAUCUCGGGGAGCAGGAGGUUUCCAUCUCAUUGAUUCUUGACUCAGUUGAAGAGGCAGACCUGGGAAAUUAUUCCUGCUACGUUGAGAAUGGGAAUGGACGCCGGCACGCCAGUAUUCUUCUACACAAAAGAGAGUUGAUGUACACAGUUGAGCUUGCUGGUGGGCUCGGCGCUAUUCUGCUGCUGCUUGUUUGUUUAGUGACUAUCUACAAGUGUUACAAGAUAGAGAUUAUGCUCUUCUACAGAAAUCAUUUUGGAGCUGAAGAACUAGAUGGAGACAACAAAGACUAUGAUGCAUAUCUAUCUUAUACCAAAGUGGAUCCUGACCAGUGGAAUCAAGAAACUGGAGAGGAAGAAAGAUUUGCUCUUGAGAUUCUACCAGAUAUGCUGGAAAAGCAUUAUGGAUACAAGUUGUUCAUACCAGACAGAGAUUUGAUUCCCACAGGAACCUACAUUGAAGAUGUGGCAAGAUGUGUAGACCAAAGCAAGCGACUGAUCAUCGUCAUGACUCCAAGUUACGUGGUAAGAAGAGGUUGGAGCAUCUUUGAACUGGAAACAAGGCUUCGAAAUAUGUUAGUCACGGGAGAAAUCAAAGUGAUACUGAUUGAGUGCAGUGAACUCCGAGGAGUUAUGAACUACCAGGAGGUUGAGGCCCUAAAACAUACCAUCAAGCUCCUCACUGUCAUUAAAUGGCAUGGACCAAAAUGCAACAAGUUGAAUUCCAAGUUCUGGAAACGUUUACAGUACGAAAUGCCUUUUAAGAGGAUUGAACCCAUGACAAACGAGCAGGUUUUAGAUGUCAGUGAGCAGGGGCCCUUUGGGGAACUGCAGACAGUCUCCGCAAUUUCCAUGGCCGCUGCCACCUCCACUGCUCUUGCCACUGCCCAUCCAGACCUGCGCUCCACCUUUCAUAACACAUAUCAUUCGCAGAUGCGCCAGAAACACUAUUAUCGAAGCUAUGAAUACGAUGUACCUCCUGCCGGCACCCUGCCACUUACCUCAAUAGGUAACCAGCACACCUACUGCAACAUCCCCAUGACACUUAUAAAUGGGCAGCGGCCGCAGACAAAAACUAACAGGGAGCAGAACCCCGAAGAGGCUCACACAAACAGUGCCAUACUGCCCCUCUUGCCGCGGGAGACCAGUAUAUCAAGUGUCAUUUGGUGA